ACAGCUCCAGAAUCGGUUCCUGUUUUUUUUUUGUUUUUUUUAUCAUUUUAUGAUUAUUUGUGUAGACAAAGUGUCACAGCGGAGAGAUACGAAGAGGACGUGGUAACUGCUGAUGGUCUGAGGUCGCUGUAGUGUUUUUUUUUUUUCACGGCUUAAAAUAUUUUCGUACCCGGCUGUCCUGAAGAGGAAAAGGCUGUCCACAUCUGUCCACAGAAGCUGCAGAAUCACCGCCCAGCCCUUCUCAUGGCAGAGAUGAGCUGGGCUGCUGGUACUCAGUGUGUCGCUAAAGGAGACCACAGAAAACCAAAAUCUGGAGAGCUAGCGUACCACAAAGGAGACAUCCUCACCAUAGUUGACACCAGCACGAAGAAGGGAUGUUACGUGGUCAAACACAACAGCACAGGAGAGGAGGGACUGAUCAAUUCUGCCAAUGUGCGUGAAAGAGAGGCUCUACGUGUGGAUCCCAACCUCAGCCUCAUGCCCUGGUUUCACGGGAAGAUCUCAGGUCCAGACGCGGUGUGUAAGCUGCAGCCAGCAGAGGACGGUUUGUUCCUCGUUCGAGAGUCCAUCCGCCAUCCAGGCGACUACGUCCUGUGUGUGAGUGUCUCUGGAAAGGUCGUCCACUACCGGGUGAUCUACAAGGACAACAAGCUGACCAUCGACAACACGCAGUACUUCUACAACCUCAUCGACAUGAUAGAGUUCUUCUCAAAGAACAAAGGCUCCAUUGCUACAACUCUUCUGAAGCCCAAACAGAAACAAGGGACCAAGUCGGCGGAGGUGGAGCUGUCUAAAACUGGAUGGCUGCUGGACAUUUCAAACCUCACACUGGGAGAAAAUAUAGGAGAAGGGGAGUUUGGUGCUGUGUAUGAAGGAGAGUACAUGGGCCAGAGGGUGGCAGUGAAGACUAUUAAAUGUGAUGUCACAGCUCAGGCCUUCCUGCAGGAAACCACAGUCAUGACGAAGCUGCAGCAUAAAAACCUGGUGCGAUUGUUGGGCGUCAUUCUGCACAAAGGGCUUCACAUUGUCACAGAGCUCAUGACUAAGGGAAACCUUGUUAACUUUCUCAGGACGAGAGGACGUUCAGUCGUAAACUCAGUUCAGCUUCUUCGCUUUGCUCUCGAUGUGUGUGAGGGGAUGGGGUACCUGGAAUCGAAGAAGUUAGUGCACAGAGACUUGGCAGCUCGUAAUGUGUUGGUUGCUGACGACAGCGUGGCCAAGGUCAGUGACUUUGGCUUGACCAAGUUGGACCUGAAGGAACCAGAUAACGUCAAACUGCCCAUCAAAUGGACCGCCCCCGAAGCUCUGAAGAAAGAGAAAUUCUCCACAAAGUCGGAUGUUUGGAGUUAUGGUGUUCUCCUAUGGGAGAUCUUCUCUUACGGACGUCAACCUUACCCAAAGAUGUCCCUGAAAGAGGUGAAGGAGAGGGUGGAGGGGGGCUAUCGUAUGGAGGCUCCAGAGGACUGCCCCCCUGGUGUAUACUCCUUGAUGAGGAUUUGCUGGAAGCAGGAGCCUCGCAGAAGACCCACUUUCCACAAACUAAGAGAGAAACUUGAACAAGAGACAGGUGACCUCAGCCUGGACACGGGGUCUGAGUGCCGGGAGGGGAUCUGGUCCGGAUCUGGAUGCUGAUCUCAGUAUGGACUCUUAAACUCACAAUGGUGGAAAUACAGUGUAACUUCACACACAUUUUAAAACACCACUUUUUCGGUGUGCAUCCCACAAAAAGGAGAAGGAUUGUGGAUAGCAUUUGUAAAAUAAAUAUUUAACUUUGGCACCAGACACCAGAACACUUGUAUCGUCCUUUCCUCUUUUUUCAAUGCGUUCUUACAAUCUGUUCCCUGAUUGAUGUGUCAUAUUUUCACACCCUUUGUACUUUACUAGCUGGGUGUUACACACUGCCAGAGAGUUUGGACACCCAGAGAGGUUUUCAACACAACAACUAAAAAAACUAGUAACAAUAAUAACUUUAUAGUAUUUAUUUGUAUAGCACUGUAAAAACACAAAGUGCCAGAAGGAGCAUAGAUCAACCAACAACAACAAAACCCCAACAGUUAAAGAACCCAGACAACAACCUGACCAACAACAGAACCCAAACAUCAUCAGGAACACAAA